ACCCAUAUUUAGUGUACAUUUGUAUCGAUAGUACUGUACAGCGAUGUCUGAUAGCGUAAACUCCGACUCCGACUCCGAUAGUAUAAAAUACGAGGAGGAGUGCGACAACUCGUCCCCAAACAGCUCAUCCCAACGUAUAGCCGCCGAUGACAUACCCGGCGCCUGCAUUACCACACAUAGUGUCUCGUCUGUGAUCAGACCCGGCUGUAAAAUGCCUCGCAAUGACCCGUUAAUGUUCGUCAAGAUCCACAACAACGAUCUCUCCAAAAAAGCUGUGGAACAGAUCAAACUGGCAGAGGAGGUGAAGAUCACCAAAGAGAAGAUCAAGGAAGUGGAGGAGGAGUGGCAUAACAACCUCAUGUCAUGGAAGUCCAAACGCAGACAAUCCAAGAACAGCUCUGAAGACGAAAGCGGAACAUCUUUAGCCACCAAUCGAAAGACAAAAACAUUUUCCGAAAUACUUAGCGAUAAAGCAAAGUCCGGACAACGGAUUGGUUAUAAUUUACACAAAUAUCUCGACGGAGAUCUCGAAAAUGAGACCGACUUGAGAUCAAAUGGCGAUCAUAACAGUUCGGAUGACAAGAAUUCCGACGACAGUAUGAGUGAAGAUAACGAUAAACACGUUAAUUAUAACAACAAUAAUAACAAUAACAUAAUUAAUGCCAAUAAUAAGUUUAGUUAUAAGAAUAACCACAACAGAGAGGACAGCGACGACUCAUCCAUUGUGGAGAUCACGAAGAAUUGCCCACAAAAUCACAAUAACAGUAAUAAUUCAUUCGUUGAACAACACAAAGACUCUUCAGUUAACAGGACUAGUGAUAAGAAAUCUAUUAAUGAAAUCAAUAAAUACCGGGACAUCGAUGCCAACAAAGAGCAGAGCCAGAGAUCAGAUAGGGUGAGGGUUGAGAUCAAUGACUGGAAGCAACAGAAUAGUCAACAACAAAAGGAUAAUGUUUUGAUGUAUUUACUAAAACAAGAACAACAGCACCAGUCGUCACACAAUCAAAGCCAACAGUUUGCCGACGAAGACGUCAAUCAAUAUAACAACAGUUACGACGCCGAAGACGAUGACGAAGACGACGAAGAGCUCGAAAGAAUCGAAAGAUUAGAACAGGAGAAGAGUUUUAAAGCAAAAUUAUCUGCUUUUGAGAAUUUGGCCAAAACUGAUGAAAUCAAUCAUCAAAACAAUGUUCACAAUAAAAACAAUACGAAAAGUAAAAGUAGAGAUGAGUCCAAACGGGAGACACAGGCGCUCGAAGAGCUUUGUAAUAGAGAGCCGCAGUUACAGACUAAAGACAGACCUGUUGUAUAUGGAGGACAAGGAGGACAGGGAUUACAGCACGAGAAUGAAGAGGAGAGUGAAGAGGUAGUGAACGCACGGAUCCAACAGUUGCAUAGAGAGAGACAAAGAGCGCAGAGACCACAACCAGUGGUCCUAAACGAGGAACAGUUUAUUGCUAACAAAUCUCUGGCACCGAAUGUCAUCUAUCAGUCGCCAAACUAUAACCAAAAACCGGUGCAACAGUCGUCCCAAUCGGCACAACAGCGCCAACAGUAUGAACAGCAACAGUACUAUUUGAUGGAUGAGUCCAUCGGUAAACAAACCGCAAGCACUAUACCAAUGAAAAGUCCACAACCCGUACGACCCCAACCUACACAGCCAUCGCAGCCAGUCCUUCACAAACAGCCACAACUGCCAUAUAAACAGCCAAUUCAAGCAACUCUGCCACAAGAGCACCUGUAUGUCAAUCAGAAACAGCUCUUUAAUAACCAAAUCUCUAACCACAACCACUACGAACCCAUCGACACUCGUCAGCAAAGAUUUGGUUCAUCUGAACGAGAGUAUUAUGAUUCGUCACAACAUAUGUCACAAACAACACAACAAUUGUCACAAAUGUCGACAUCAGAUAUCGGUGUUCAACAACAGUCGCCACUCAACCAAACAGUGUCACCGGAACAGACCUACCCCUCACCGCAUAACCAGUAUUUAUAUUACCCGAAACCAUAUGCAAGCAAACAGACAAGUAAUGGAGCCGUGGUUCAGAAGCCAGUUAUGGUUUCACAACAGCAUAAACUACCGGUGAAUCAAAAAGGAGGACAACCUUUGGCUCUUAAGCCGCAACUAAAACAACAACAAAGCGGUUAUAAUCAGAAUCACUGGUUAUUACAAGAGGCAGAACUUCGGCGCCAAUUGGACUCAAUCCCAACGCAAGCGUCGACGCCGUCCACAGUUUCGGCUACUCAGAGGACAACCACAUCGACACCGGCCCACAAGUCCUCCUCAACGCCACAGAAAGGGAUGCUUUCGGUGUCGGGAAAGAAGAAGUGUUCGUCGUGUGGGGAUGAGUUGGGCAGAGGCUGUGCCGCUAUGGUUGUCGAGUCCCUCUCACUCUACUAUCACAUCAAUUGUUUCCGAUGUUCUGUUUGUAACAUCCAAUUGGGUAAUGGGACAGUUGGCACUGAUGUUCGGGUUCGCAAUCAUAAGCUCCACUGUCAGAACUGUUACUCAAAUGAUGAAGCCGGUCUUAAAUUUAGUCGCUCCUCCUCAACGCCACAGAAAGGGAUGCUUUCGGUGUCGGGAAAGAAGAAGUGUUCGUCGUGUGGGGAUGAGUUGGGCAGAGGCUGUGCCGCUAUGGUUGUCGAGUCCCUCUCUCUCUACUAUCACAUCAAUUGUUUCCGAUGUUCUGUUUGUAACAUCCAAUUGGGUAAUGGGACAGUUGGCACUGAUGUUCGGGUUCGCAAUCAUAAGCUCCACUGUCAGAACUGUUACUCAAAUGAUGAAGCCGGUCUUAAAUUUAGUCGCGUCUGA